AUGGACGCCCCCGAAGUCCGGCCCAGGCAGGUCGUCCCGGCCAAGAGGCUCAACACCGACUACCCGGUGCGCUCUCCCGCCCCCGCUGCGAGCCCAAUGGACCGCAAUCCGCUGACCAUUCACUUCAAGCGAGUCAUUGGCUAUGCCCGUCCCUCGGAUUACGCCGUAGGCGCGGCCACCACCGUCGCCGGCCCCGCCGCCAUGCUGCUCAUGGAGCGUGUCGCGCCCUCGUACGUCGGCCGCGGUGGCUUCCCGCCCAUCAUGCGCCUGACGGCCGGUGUCGGCCUUGUCGCCGGUUUCCUCAUGGUCUACCAGCGCUCCAUCUACCGCUUCUACGGUGUCACGGAGAACAGGCGGGAGAUUGACAUGGACAUGAAGGAGAUGGUCGGCAAGAUCAAGCAGGGCCAGUCUCUGUACGGCGAGUCCUCGCUCACCGAGCACAUCCAGGGUGUCUCCUCGAGAAACUCGAGGUACUCUGCUGUCUUCCAGCAUGUGAUGCCCUGGUUCAACUUUGUCAACCACAACCAGCACGGUGUGGACACUGCCAAGUACUACCAGCAGGCCGAGCGCGAGCUUGCCGCUGAGGGCAAAUAAGCAAAUCAAUUUUGAGCCUGACGUGAGAGAAGAAGAUCAACUGACAGCGUGACAAAACAUUGAUCUGCGAGACUGGCAUGUCUCGAUUUAGCAGACAUUGCUGUAUAUAGGUUUCAUUAAGAGGCGUUUCGAAUUCACCAGCGGAAAUACACAUCAAAAUGCGACCAGGCAAAACCUAGGACGCGAACAAGUGCACAGGCCUUGAUUUGUAACUCUAAAACUCUUGGUUUUCAGCAUCCAAUGUUUCAGUUCGUGUCGUUCACAUCCUGCGACAAUCUGGCUACCUGUGCGCUCAUCAGCUCUCAAAUAAACACAGUGAAACUCCC